ACAUUCCUCUUUCCGCCGGUCGUGAUGUACCGCCGAGCAGCAAAUGGCAGUGUGGUGGACAGGUACGGCGGCAACAUUCGUCUGGCCCAGGCCGUGGCGGGAAUGUAUAACUUCAGUAUCCGCUUCAUAGAGCCGCCUCCUGGUGAGCUUUGGGGUGAGCUGACGUCUAACGGUACGUGGAAUGGCAUGGUUGGGCUUUUUGCACGCGAAGAGGGAGACAUAGGAGUGGCUAACCUAUUCAUCACGGCACUUGGUGGACGGAGGAAGUUCCAGGAAUAUACAUUUCCCUACGGACAAGAAAGUACUUGCUUUCUGAUCAGGAGAGGAGCAGGACUCCCUCGCUGGCAAUCACUCGCGCUGCCAUUCGCACAAGAUACAUGGCUAGCCGUCCUCCUAGUCGCUCUCCUCGUAGGGCCUGUCCUUUAUGUCUUGUCUCAACCUCAAGUAACGAGCGGUGAGAAGCUGGCCGGCCGCUCCUUUGCAUUCUCCACUCUUUACACAUUUGCAGUGCACCUAAGGAACUCACGUCCAUUGCUUCCCCUACGUACUAGCCUCCAGGUAUUCGUGGCGUUCCUGUGGGUUUACGUCAUCAUCGUGACGGAAGCAUAUAGCGCCAAUCUGACUGCCUUCCUGACUGUUGAGAGAGUCCCAGAGGGCAUCAACACUCUAAAGGAACUCUACCAGUCAUCCUUUACUGUCUAUGCUCAGGGACCUUUCUUCGGCAACAACCUGGCUGCAGCCAAAAACGAGCAUGCAAGGGGCCUGUCGGAUCGCUUUAUUCCACUGCCUGAUCUGGAGAGCAUCUUAGAGCACGUAGUGAGUGGUGAAGGCGUGUACAUCGCCUCGAUCAACAACCUAAUAUACACCAUAUCAUUGCAUACCACCCCGCAAGGAAGCCCUACACUUAGGGUGAUCAAGGAAUGUUUCCAACCUUUCAACAUGGCAAUGGGUCUACAAAGCCACUCUCCUCUUAAAAGGAACCUUGACCAAGCCGUGAGAAUGAUAGUGGAAGCUGGUCUUGUACAUCAUUGGCUGGAUGAAACACUUCUUCUUGCCAAACAGGACAGACAGAAAGCUGCUGAAUGGUCUGCCAGCACGUCUACAGAAGGAUCAGCGAACACAACAGAUAGGAAGAUAGAGCAGAGCGUGCCAUUAAGUCUUGAACACUUGCAAGGUGUGUUCAUUGUGCUUGUUAUAGGUUGUAGUGUGUCACUCUUCGUCUUUUUCGUUGAAGUGGUAUUUCGAGACUCGUGGAAGCGGUGAACUUGUAGCAUCUGAACUCGCAUCUGAAGCAAAGGAAAACAAAUAUUCUGUUCGUUUUUAUGUAAUAAAUUUUGAACCAUUCAAAAUUUAUGGAUUAAAUGGUGUUGCAUUCUGUAGUGAGAAACUGAAAACAAAAAAGAUCUUAAAAUGAAACGGUAAAACAAUUCUC